AUGAGAAGCACAAGCGAUCACGAGCCGUAUGAUGCGUAUCGACGAGUAGAAGUCACUGCACUUUCUCGUUUACAACAUAUGCUUAAUCAGUUAGGCGUUGACGAGAAGCACAGAAAAAUGGAGGACUCAACGACGAGCAGUGAGAUCGUUUACGGCGGAGGAAGUCCGUUGGCUGAGGCGAAUGAUGCAUCAAGGCCGAUGAGUGAUAAAGUACAAGCAAUGGCUGCAUCGAUUUAUCGUGAAUUCGAGCAAAUGAUUAAAAAGUUUGGCGAGGAUAGCGUGAAAACAUUGAUGCCGUUAGUGGUGAACGUGCUCGAGAAUCUUGAUUUAUCAUUUCUCGAGAAAGAAGAGAUGUCCGUUGAUUAUGAAAUGUUGAAAGAAGACAAUGAGCAAUUGGUGACUCAAUAUGAACGCGAGAGGCAGCAACGAAAGCAACAAGAUCAGAAAUACAUGGAAAUCGAGGACUCGAUGAUUGGACAACAGAAAGAAUUGGAGGGAAAAAUCGCAUCACUUGAGAGUAUCAUGCGAAUGCUUGAGCUUAAAGCAAAGAACGCUGCUGAUCAUUCAAAUCGGUUGGAGGAACGAGAAGCCGACCAGAAAGCUGACUUCGAUCGACUCCACGAGAGAUAUAAUGUGUUGCUGAGGACGCAUAUCGAUCAUAUGGAACGAACGAAAUAUCUUCUCGGAAACGAUAAAUUUGAGAUGAUGCAGAAUAUGCCAUUGCCCAAUCAAGCCGUCAGAUCCAAGAUGGGAAUGGGCAUGGCUGCCUCGGUGGAUGCCUCAUCGAUUCGCGGUGUUUCCGAUUUGAUCUCGGCGGCGAUGACGCACUCGAUUUCUCAUGAUGUAAAUCUCGCGAAUCACAUCUCGAAUGAGGUGGAUUAUCAAGAAGAAUUUGGACAAAGUUUGGAUGUGGAAACACCACGAGAAGGAGCUGAGAGCGGACGAUCGGUCCAACAGGAGCUCGAGCCGAGCGAGGAGCCGAACGAAGAGAUGAGAACGUCUUUACAUAAUCCGGCAAUGGUUCACGAAACGGAGCCCGAAGACGCGCUGGGAGCCGAUCUUACCGGGAAUCUGGUCGAUCCGGCUGAAUUCGCAUCUGCCGUAAACGACACUUUUAUUGGGAUGGGAAGAGAAGUCGAGAAUUUGAUCAAGGAGAACACAGAGCUGCUUGAUAUGAAAAAUGCAUUGAAUAUCGUGAAGAAUGACUUGAUUUUACGAGUUGAUGAGUUAACGAGUGAACAAGAAAUCCUCCGAGAAGAGGUGCGCAGUCUUGAGAUGGUGCGAGCGAAAAUGAGUGAACAAUUGCAACAAGUCGAGGCUGAGCUCAAGGAAACGAAGAGGAAAUUCGCUGAAAGGGAAAGCGAAAAUGAAGAGGAACUAAUCCCACUGGCUCAGCGCAAACGUUUCACCCGUUCCGAGAUGCAACGGGUGCUCAUUGAUCGCAAUAUGUACAAGGAGAAAUUGAUGGAAUUGGAGGAGUCACUCAAAUGGUCCGAGCUGCAGCGUGCAAAGAAACUCCAACAGCAACCGGCCGCUAAACAAAGCAAAGGCGGGAUUUGGGAUUUCUUCUCCGGUCUCUUUGGCGAUUCUCCAUCACCAACAUCUGGUCGGCAACGUCAACGAGUCGAUGACUCGAUCAAUAGACGCCAUAAGAUGACCAAAAGCGUCGAGUUUCUGGAUGCUGAUGCAAUCUCUGAGCGAAGAGCGGCUGAGCGACGAGCUCAAUACAAGCUGGUGAGAGAACACGUGAAAAGAGAUGGUGCUGGAAGGCUUCAGGCUUAUGGAUGGGCAAUCCCAUCGACUCUCGAUAACACCCCAUCAACUCAAGUGCCAGUGCCGGUUUGUUGUCGACCAGUCAUGGAGCAUUUGCCACAACUGAAGGUUUGGUGUGCUACGGGAGUCAUUCUCAGAGGUGGCCGUUUACCGAAUGGAACUUAUAUCGGAGAUGAACCAGUCUUUGUUGGGUUAACGAAACGAAUGCCUCCUCGUGAUGGACAUCCAACAGACAGUGAUCAUUUGGAACAAGAGAUUGAGAGAUCUCGAGCUUUGGAAGCAAGAGAUCGUGAGCUUUCCGAGUGGGAGCCAACAAGUCUCAUUUGGGUGGCUUCUUCAAAUCAGGGCCGAUCGCAAGUGGCAAUCGUUGACGCGAACAACCCGAACAACAUCAUCGAUCAGUUUCCCGCUUGUGAUUCCCAUCUUCUCUGUAUGACUAGCGUUGCUGGAGUUCUCGAAUCUGAUCCAUGGUGUGAUGAGCCGGCUGCAAAAAAGUUCCUUCGUGGAGGCGGUUAUCUAAAAGAAAUUCCUGAAGGAAUGGAUCAUGCUGAUUUGGGAUCGGUUUCAUGGGUGGAAAUGAGAAAACUUGAAGAAUCGGAUGAUCAUGUGGAAACAUUGUGCAGCAAUGAGCAGAAACCGAGUCCACAACGAGUGCGAGAUUUUAGCAUUUGUGAGCAAACAGCUGUGCCCGGACCAUCGGAAGCAAAAGGUGGUAAGCGUAAGAGUCGAGUAGAAGAGGCGGUGGAGGCGCGCGAGAGGACAACCGCGCGACCUCUCGAGAAGGGUCUACCCCCAGAUGAGCCAAUCUCGCCACGGGGAUCCCUUCCAACUCACAUUCGUGCCUCACUUGCUCGAUAUGAACAGGUUGCUUCUCAUCCGGACACGAAAAUGCCAACAAUUUGGAUGGGCAGUCAAAAUCAGUACAUUUACAUCCACAGUGCGGUGACUGCUUGGAGACAAUGUUUGAGAAGAAUCAAGUUGCCAGAUGCCGUGCUAGCAAUCACCUAUGCAAAAGGACGAGUCUUCGCCGCGCUCGCAAACGGCACUGUUGUCGUCUUUCAUCGGAAUAAACAAGGAAUUUGGUCAAGUGAAGGUUAUCAUUGUGUCCGUCUUGGUCCUCCAUCAGCUUCCGUACGUGCACUUGAGGUAGUCGGCUCGACUAUUUGGGCUGCUUACAAGAAUUGUGUCAUUGUUAUUGAUGUCGAUACUUUACAUGUGCUGAAAGUGUUUGCCGCACAUCCACGAAAAGAUUCGCAAGUGAGAGCUUUGCAAUGGGUGGGAGCUGGAGUUUGGGCCAGUAUUCGGCUUGAUUCGACGCUCAGACUUUACCAUGCGUACACCUAUGAUCAUCUACAAGAUGUUGACAUUGAGCCGUAUGUGACAAAGAUGCUCGGGCCAUCAAAACUCGACUACUCCUACAUGCGUACCACAUCACUUUUGGUUUCAAAUCGCCGUUUAUGGAUUGGAACAGGCACCGGUGUUGUCAUCAGUGUUCCACUAUCUGCAACUUUGGAUGAAAAGAUGAAAGGCAUUGGGGGAGCUGAUUUGACUGCUGGUGCAAAGGGAGGCCCUGGUGGACUUGUUCGAGUCUACAAGAAUGCAGAUCUCCCUGAUUCAGCUAAGGAAAAGAACGGAGAACUUUUCAUCCCGUAUUGCAAUCUGUCGAACGCUCAACUCUCAUUCCAUGGUCAUAAAGAUUCGGUUAAAUUCUUCAUUUCUGUCCCUGGAGAAGAUAAAGUGCAACAAGCACAAGGAGAAGAGGAAGAAAACGAAGGACAUUUGCGAAGGAUGCUUGUGAUUUCGGGUGGCGAUGGAUAUAUCGAUUUUCGAAUUGGAGAUGAAGAGGAGGGACCCCAAGAGAAGCCGACAAAAGAUGGCGAGACGGGGAUCCGAGUCCGUGACAUGAGUCAUCUAAUCAUUUGGGAACUCGAUGCCGAGCUACCUGUUCUUGGCACU